UAACAUGGCGUAUGCGUUACGUACGCUCACUGCUCUGCUGCUUGCCGCAGCGAGUGUUGCUCUAGGCCCUUCGAGUGCCUCAUUAGCGGACAGGGAAACUGUGCAACUGAUGCCAGCUGAGCGUAUGCUGGCCCAGGUGCCAGCAGCAGCACGCAGCGGUUUUUUGCUCUACCAAUUAGCAACGGCCAUAAAUUCUGGCAACUACCCAGGGCUCGAGCUAGAGGUGGAGCAGGAGCAGGAGCAGGAGUUGAUUGUGGAACAGCAAGUGGACGCCAGCUGGCUGAACGCCAUGGCAAAUGAAUUUCAGCAAGUGCCAGUCUACGAAGAUUUUCCGCUACAAAUGCAAGGCUGGCUAAUGGACGGUUAUGGCCUGAGCGUGCAGGAUGUGUAUCAGAGCUGGUCCAGAGCGGCAACUGUAGCUGCAGCUCGUUCUGCUCAGCAGCUGUGCAAUGCCCGGGGACAGUGCUACGAUGUGACUCAAAUUCUGGCUGCGUGUUGUCCAUUUUGAGUUUAAGCAA